GUAAAUGAAGUGACUCAUGCAAUCUAACACUCAAAUUUUUAGCAACUAAAUGUUGUCGAUGGAUAACUCGUCCAGUUGUAUAGAGAAAUGGGUCUAUUGUUGCUUAAGGGAAUUCUUUUAAUGAUAUCAGAUGCAGGUUUGUGUAAAACAGUUUUUAAAACCUCUUCAACGGCUGGCAAAAUUAACUUCUCUCCGAUAGUAGGUAUGCGGUUUUCCGGAUUUUGCUAUAAGUAACGAGAUAUUGUAAGACGCCCGCAAACCAUCAUCAUUUCUUUGUGACGUCGAAGCGAACAUUCUGUCCAGUGUAG